AUGAUGGACUCAAUGUCCACUAUCAACAGUGGAGAAAAUACACGACAGAAGCUUGCAAGCACACCCAAACGGUAUGCCUCUCGCACUGGUUGCAACGCCAGGAAGCUCGCCUGCAAAGGUACUUUGGAAACCCCAGCCCCAGGUGGCAAGGAACGCCCCGAGCCCUACAGUCCCUUCCAGAACACGUCGAACGCGGCAGAGUACGCCCUAGCUAGGUUGGACGACCUGCUCAACUGGGGAAGGAAGGGUGCCCUUUGGCCCCUGACGUUCGGCCUUGCGUGCUGCGCCGUGGAGAUGAUGCACAUGGCAGCUCCGCGGUACGACAUGGACAGGUUCGGGGUCGUCUUCAGAGCGUCACCGCGGCAGACAGAUGUCAUGAUCGUCGCAGGUACGCUGACCAACAAAAUGGCACCGGCCCUCAGGAAGGUCUACGACCAGAUGCCCGAGCCCAAGUGGGUCAUAUCGAUGGGAAGCUGCGCGAACGGAGGAGGCUACUAUCACUACAGUUAUUCAGUUGUUAGAGGGUGCGAUAGGAUCGUACCUGUUGACGUUUACGUGCCUGGGUGUCCACCGACUGCGGAAGCUCUGCUCUAUGGGGUUUUGCAGCUGCAAAAGAAGGUCAAGCGCAUGCAAACUACUCAGGUGUGGUACAGGAAGUGA